AUGAGCAAUUCACAUCCUGACGAAUUAGUAAAUGAUCUAAUAGAUAAGAUUAUAGGACGUACUAAUCAGCAAAAUAAACUAGAUAACCAUGACAUGCUUGUUAAUAACUCAAUAAAUAAAGCUAUUAAACAUACCAAUCAAGCACCUGAAUUGCAAGAAGCAGAAAAUAUAUAUUAUUCAUAUUCCGAAUCCUUUUCUAGCAAUAGUUCUAAUUUAAAAAAUAUAGAAUUAAAUUAUGGCGAACAAAGGAUAUUUAUUAACAAUGCAUGA